AAAGAGUAAGUAAUAAUAUGGGGAUGAGGUAGUCGGGUGGGCUAUUUACAGAUUGGCUGUGUACAGGUGCAGUGAUCGGUAAGCUGCUCUGACAGCUGAUGCUUAAAGUUAGAGAGGGAGAAAUAAAACUCCAGUAUCAGAGAUUUAUGCAAUUCGUUCCAGUCGUUGGUAGCAGAGAACUGGAUGGAAAGGCGGCCAAAGGAGGUGUUGACUUUGGGGAUGACCAGUGCAAUAUACCUGCUGGAGCGCAUGCUACAGAUAAAGACAGACACACAGGCGAUACAGAGAAGCAGAGACAGACACGAACACAGAGACAGACAGGAACACAGAGACAGACGCCAGACAUGACCAAGAAAGUCAAGUUUGACAGAGGUGAGAUGAAGGAGAGGAUUGUGGACAUCUACGUCAGUGCAGACACCCUGAGAGACCACGAGACCAGCACCAAGACAGAAGAUGUAGAACACACUUCAACUAAUGGACCGGGAGACCAGCACACAGAGCCUAAUAGCACAGGGAAGAGACCCUUCCUAGCUGUUGCAGUGUGUCUGGGGCUGCUGUGUGUUCUCCUACUGGCUUGGAUCAUAGGCCAGUCUGUUCAAUGCUGGAACAAGUUUGAAUCCUGUUGGUACUUCGUCUCUUCUGAGAGAAAAACCUGGAGUGAGAGCAGACAGGACUGUAUGGAGAAAGGAGCAGACCUGGUGAUCGUAAACAGCAGAGAGAAACAUAGAUUUCUCUUUGCCCUCAACAAGAGAUUCUGGAUCGGUUUGACUGACAAUGAGACUGAGGGGUCCUGGAAAUGGGUUGACGGCACACCACUGAUAACAAGUUACUGGAUGAUCAACCAGCCUAAUAAUGGACGAAGUGUUUCAACCUUUCCGGGGGAGGACUGUGUUGUACUACAAAAUGGACAAGACCAGCCUGAAAAGACAUGGAAUGAUAUAAAUUGUGCACAAAAACGUAUCUGGAUUUGUGAGUUGUGUAACAAAAACCUACUGUAACAACUACCCAUCCACCAUCUCCCCGUCUAUCUCUCUCUAUGACUCUCCCUCUCUCAUUCUGUCUCCAUACUUACUCAUUUAUGUUUGUUUCAUUCUGAACAUAUGAAUCACUUUCCCAUUUACUUCCUGGGAUGCAUUAGUAGCUUCCUGUCUUCAGUGGUUAAAUGGACACAUCAGACACAGACAAUGAUUGAGACACAUCACUGAAAGUAAACAGCUGCAUUAGAACAGACAGAAGGGACCAGUAUGAGAUUGUCAAGUCAGUACAGUCGACUCCUGAUAGGUGCACAUCAGAUAAGUGUGAGACCUGGGUUCAAAUACAACUUGAAAUCGUUCAAAAGCUUUGAGCGUUUGCUUUAGCCUGCCUUCAGAGCCAGGUGGGUACUGGGAAUUGUCUGUUGCAACAGAAGUAUUUUAAAUUAUGUUCAUAUAG